AUGCUAUUGGCAACCUUUGUGGGGGCAUUACAGAACCAAACUAAUCGGGUAGAGGUGACUGCUCAAGCUACACCAACUAUUGGUAGUGGCGGCAGAAGGGAAGUGACUGAGACUGAGGACAAACAUGUCCUUAAGGAUUUUAAGAAGCUCCAUUUGGUAGCUUUCAAGGGAACAAAUGUUGAUCCAGCUGUUGCCACACAGUGGAUUAGUGACUUGGAAAAGGUUUAUGAAGUGAUCAGGUGCACUAAUGCACAGAAGGUUAUGUGCGCCACCUUUAUGCUUCAAGGAGAAGCAGAUCAGUGGUGGAGAAUGACUAAGCCCAUAUUGGAAGUAGGUGAUAGGCAAAUCACCUGGGAUGGAUUCAAGGCGGCUUUUGAUGAUAAGUACUUCCCACCUUGUGUAAAGAAAAAGAAGAUCUUUGAGUUCAUGCAUUUAACUCAAGGAAGCCAAACAGUGAUGAUGUAUAAGAGGAAGUUUGAGGAACUAUCUAGGUACGCACCACACAUGGUGAGUACAGAGGAGAUGAAGACUCGACAGUUCGAGAAAGGCUUAAGGGUGGAGAUCCAAAAGAGUAUCUCUCCCAUGCAAUUGAAGACAUAUGCUGAAGUAGUUCACAAAUCUCAAAUUUAUGAGGCUGUGGAGAAGAAUGCAACAAAGGAUGAAGAAGUUGAACCAGAGAAAAAGUUCAAGAAGAGUUAUGCUACCCCUACACCAAACAAGGACAAUUGGAAGAAAUUCCACAAGAGAAAGCCACAAGGAACUAUUAACUGCAAGAAGUAUACUGAAAUCUCUGGAAUACCUGCUUAUGUCCUAUUUGAUUCGGGUUCCACUCAUAGUUUUGUAUCGAGUACCUUUGCUACUAAAUUGAAUGUUGUGCCUAAAGUUUUGAAUUACCGGUUGUGUGUGUCUACACCUUCUGGAGGAAUGAUAGAGACAAAAUUAAUUUGUGAAGGUUGUGAUGUAGAGAUUAUGGAUAGAAAAUUGACUGCAGACUUAAUUCUGUUAGAAAUGAAGGAUUUUGAUGUUAUACUUGGAAUGGAUUGGCUAGCAGCAUAUCAUGCUAGUGUUCUUUGUUUUGAAAAGAGAGUGAUCGUAAGACCUGUGAAGGAACCAGAGUUUGAAUUUUCUGGGAUGAUGAUAGGAACUCUGCCAUCGGUGAUAAUUUUGGUGAUGCAAGCCCGAAAGUUGCUGAGGUAA